AUGCAAACAGAGCAGAUCCGAACAGUGCCGUCGACAGUCGGCUCUCUCGGUUCUCAUUAUCAGGCUCCUAGGCAUAGGAGGGCUUCUGCUUCUACGGCUCCUUAUCAAAUACCCCUCAAAGCGUCUGUCAACCUGACAAAUCCUAUAAGUGGGCUAGUACCAACUGUUACUGAUGAUGACUCUACGGAAGACAGUAUAAAAUCCCCAAAAUAUAAAAGUACCGAGGCUUCAAGCACUUCAUCGUCAACUUCAUCUGCUACAGCUGCAAUCGCACGUACAGGUGGACCCAUUCAUACCCAUCAUUAUCCUAUAGAUGAAGACUCUGAAAGAUUGAGGGCUCAGCAGAUACAACUACAAUUGCAGCAACAGCAACAGCAGCAGCAGCGAUUUCAACAACAGCAGCAACAACAACAACAGCAGCAACAACAACAGCAACAACGGCAACAACAACAACAACAACAACAACAGCAACUUAUAGAACGUGAAUUACUUCAGCAGCAGGUGAAACAACAGUUAGAUAGAGCUAAAGAUAAAAUACUGAGCCAGCAUCGAAGUAAUAAACAGCUACAGAAGAAUAUUCCAAUGUUAUCAAGAGAGUUCGUGGUGCGAAGGAUUUCAGAAGGAGAAAGUGGAAGACUGAAAGAGGAAUUGAAAUGCGAGGCAUGCGGCAAAGGUUACAAACAUAUUACAUCGUUGGCAAAGCAUCUAUGGGAACAUACACCAGAGUGGCAGAAGACCAAGAAUAUGUCCAUUAGUAAGCAUCAACAGGUUCAAUUACUUGAAGCUGCCAGUAUUCUUUGCAGCAUGAACGAGAACAAGAAAGCAGAAGAGAGUGUAUCUACAGCUGCUUACGGAAGAAGCCUUCCUCAAGUAAAAGCGCAAGCGUUUGGAACCCAAUCACUGGGAGCGUAUUCAGAAACAGUAAACAUGACAUACAGAUCUCCAGAGAGGAAGAAUUCGAUUUCAAAAUAUCCACCUUCGUCUUUACCGGCAUCAGUGGGAACAGGAAGAAAGGCCUCAAUUUCUAGAGGAUCAUCACUCCGAGAGAUUCGUAGAGAAAAUAAACUGCAAGGUCAUAAAAAGGAAAGUUCAGAGGUGAUCUCCGAUACAGAAGAUGCAGAAGAGGCUGCUCAGGGUGUCGUUCAUAAUGGAAAGGCCUUUGCUAUGGAAAAUCAAAACGACGAUGAAAUUGUUGGCCAUCUGGAACAAUAA